AUGUCUCUCCUUCUUCCAUCCAAUUUACAACAAUGCCCUUCGUCCUCUCUCUCGCCAUCACCACCUCUCCUCUCCCCGUCACCUUCCACCGCCUUCUCCGUCGUCGGAACUCGCCGGAGAUGCCUCAGAUUGGUCACUUCCUGCGUCUCCUCCGUUCAAAUCUCCGUCGCCAACGGUUCCGCUCCCGCUCCCGUUCCCGGCGCUGUGAUCGUGGAGCGAGAACAGAUUCGUCUUGGUCUUCCUAGUAAAGGACGCAUGGCCGCCGAUGCGAUCGAUCUUCUCAAGGACUGUCAACUAUUUGUCAAACAAGUGAAUCCAAGGCAAUACGUUGCACAAAUUCCUCAGUUACCAAACACUGAAGUUUGGUUUCAACGGCCAAAAGACAUUGUGAGGAAGUUACUCUCAGGAGAUCUGGAUCUAGGUAUCGUCGGUCUUGACACACUUAGUGAAUAUGGUCAGGAAAAUGAAGAUCUUAUCAUUGUCCAUGAAGCUCUCAACUUUGGAGACUGCCAUUUGUCCAUUGCGAUACCUAACUAUGGGAUUUUUGAGAACAUCAAUUCUCUCAAGGAGCUAGCACAAAUGCCACAGUGGAAUGAGCAGAGACCCUUACGCGUUGCCACUGGCUUCACUUAUCUCGGUCCCAAAUUCAUGCAAGAAAAUGGCAUACAUCAUGUGACCUUCUCAACUGCUGAUGGAGCCCUGGAGGCAGCUCCAGCGAUGGGAAUAGCUGAUGCCAUAUUGGACCUUGUAAGUAGUGGGACAACACUGAAAGAGAACAACUUGAAAGAGAUUGAAGGAGGUGUUGUGCUUGAAAGUCAGGGGGUUCUUGUGGCAAGCAGAAGAGCAUUGACAGAGAGAAAAGGCGCGUUAAACACAGUACAUGAGAUUCUUGAGAGACUGGAGGCUCAUCUGAAAGCAGACGGCCAAUUCACUGUUGUUGCAAACAUGAGAGGAAAUAGUGCUGAUGAAGUAGCUGAGUGUGUGUUGAACCAACUAUCAAUGUCAGGAUUACAGGGACCAACAAUAAGUCCAGUUUACUGUACAGAAGAGGGAAAAGCAUUUGUUGACUACUAUGCCAUUGUGAUUUGUGUACCAAAAAAGGCCCUCUACGCCUCUGUGAAGCAACUGAGAGCGGUCGGAGGCAGUGGGGUUUUAGUAUCACCUGUUACCUACAUUUUCGAUGAGGACACUCCAAGAUGGGGUCAACUCCUGAGAAACCUCAAGCUUUAA